AAUCUCCUUGCAACCAAGAGCAAUCAGCUGACAGGAAUCGUACGUCCACGACGCGUGAGUCGUUGCGACCCUCUCCACAUGAUUAGAGCCUCUCCAAUGAUUGGCUCAGAACAUGUUGUGACUUAUCUCUCUCGUCAACCGGUUUCUGCAUACUAUCACAAAGUGGUAUCUCCUGAUGGCGCGAUAUUGCAUGCAACCGUCAACCUGCGCUGCUGCCACUGCAUCGCCGGAUCUCGUCCUCUCAAGAGUAGUGCCCAGCUACACCAACGCCAACCGAUAUUGCAAUGGGAGUCAACCAGUCCUUUUAUCUCAGUCAUCAAGUGGCUCUUGGCCCGUGGAAUGCAACUCGACCUCUGCCCGUUCCUUGGACCUUGAAUCCUUUGGCCGACCACGAAAUGAAUGUCUUAAUCGUCAUCUCAGGACUAUCCUUGUUCAUCUGGGCUGUUGUGCUAUUGCUCAUCAUCCUUGAAAUACAUCGAAAGAACGUCUGCGAACGGCCAGCCAAAAGGGAUCUUAGCACAGCUCGCACUCAGUUCACCAUCUUGCUUGCACAUCUCCUACUAGCCCAAGUCUUGUUGAGCGCCGGCUAUCUACUCUCGACUGUUCAUUUGGCCAGCGGUAGAAUAAUCUCUCCAUCAAUCCCCUGCACGAUACAAGGCCUUUUAAUCAAGAUGGCGCAUCUUCUGUCUCAUUGCCUGAUCACCUGCAUCGCCGUGCAUACAUUUCAUGUGGUACAAUUCAAAAAGCCUAUGCAAGUGCAACACUUUUGCAUCAUGUUGGCUUUGACCUGGCUACAAGUCGCUACGAUUGGCUUCUUGUUCCCUUUGGCCUUGCAAAUAUGGUACAGGAGCGUGAUGCCGGUCUUCAUGCUGGGGAAUCUCAUGCACUGCUCCGUAGGUAGUAUCUGGCGUGCGGAGAAGAUUGCCACCGUUCUUCUACCAUUUUUGGUCAACAAUUUGGUUGCUUUCGUCGUCUAUCCUGUGGUAAGCUAUCGCCUGCGAAAGGACGUCAAUGAGCUUAAGCGACUGAGCCUUCGCGGCAUAUCAUCAGGAGGCUCACAAUCGACCAACUCCAAGGGCAACAAUGACAUCCUUCGCGUGUCCAGAAAGAUGAUCAUCCUUCCCAUUGCAACUUUCGUCAGCACAAUGCCUUAUGUCCUCACAGUGAUCUUUGCUGUCCACUCUGGCGGGGUCCUUCAAUGGUCACAUACACUGAUUGUUUGCACGAUCGUUGCGAACUUGUUCUUGCCUCUCAUCAACAGUCUCUUGUAUAUACACAUGCUACCACACGUUCGGUCGAGCUCCAGUCAUGCUCGAGGGUGCAAUUAGAGUGCAACAAAGGCAAAUAUAGCCAAAAUUGGUGAGUUUCUUGACCUAUUUUUUAGUCAGGCCUUGGCCGCUUGUGUCAGACGAUGUUGGAUUUUUAACGACUGUGUAGCUCAUUUGCUAGCAAUGUGUGGAUGGCGGUCGUCAGACUCUACGAGCCUCUCUCAGCAACUUGAUCUGGGCACAGGUUUGGCGCCAGAAUGCGGUGAGAAUCUUUGGACCAUCUGAAUAUGACAGACUUCACGUGCUAGUGCCGCGACAUCAGCGACGGCCCAGAGUCGCUU